CCAGUUGGAGUCAUCCGUUGUCCAGUUUGCAGCCAAGAAUGUGCAGAGAGACAUAUAAUAGAUAAUUUUUUUGUGAAGGACACUACCGAGGUUCCAAGCAGUACCGUAGAAAAGUCUAAUCAGGUCUGUACGAGCUGUGAGGACAAUGCCGAAGCAAAUGGCUUUUGUGUGGAGUGCGUGGAGUGGCUCUGCAAGACCUGCAUCAGAGCUCACCAGAGGGUCAAGUUCACGAAAGACCAUACUGUCAGACAGAAAGAGGAGGUGUCUCCAGAGGCUGUUGGUGUGACCAGUCAACGACCAGUGUUUUGUCCUUUUCAUAAAAAGGAACAGCUGAAGCUUUACUGUGAGACUUGUGACAAACUGACCUGUCGGGAUUGCCAGUUACUAGAACAUAAAGAGCAUAGAUACCAAUUUAUAGAAGAGGCUUUUCAGAGCCAGAAAGUAAUCAUAGAUACCUUAAUCACCAAACUAAUGGAAAAAACAAAAUACAUUAAAUUCACAGGAAAUCAGAUCCAAAACAGAAUUAUUGAAGUCAAUCAGAAUCAAAAGCAGGUGGAACAGGAUAUCAAGGUUGCUAUAUUUACACUGAUGGUAGAAAUAAACAAAAAAGGAAAAGCGCUCCUGCACCAGCUGGAGAGUCUUGCAAAAGACCAUCGCAUGAAACUCAUGCAGCAGCAGCAGGAAGUGAGUGGACUUUCUAAACAGCUGGAGCAUGUCAUGCAUUUCUCCAAGUGGGCUGUCUCCAGCGGAAGCAGCACUGCAUUGCUUUACAGCAAGCGCCUGAUUACAUACCGGUUACGGCACCUCCUUCGAGCCAGGUGUGAUGUGUCCCCAGCCACCAACAACACCAUCCAAUUUCACUGUGAUCCUAGCUUCUGGGCUCAAAAUAUUAUCAAUUUAGGUUCUUUAGUAAUCGAGGAUAAGGAGAGCCAGCCACAAAUCCCUAAGCAGAAUCCUGUGGUGGAGCCGAAUCCACAGCCACCAGGUGGCUUAUCUUCAAACCAGUUAUCCAAGUUCCCAACACAGAUCAGCCUAGCUCAGUUACGGCUCCAGCAUAUGCAGCAACAGCAACCUCCUCCACGUUUGAUAAAUUUUCAGAAUCACAGCCCCAAAUCCAAUGGACCAGUCCUUCCUCCUCAUCCACAGCAGCUGAGAUAUCCACCCAGUCAGAGUGUCCCACGGCCAGCAAUAAAGCCAAACCCCCUGCAGAUGGCUUUCUUGGCGCAGCAAGCCAUAAAACAGUGGCAGGUCAGCAGUGGGCAGGCCGCCCCAUCAACUGCCAGCAGCACGUCCUCCACCCCCUCCAGCCCCACCAUCACCAGUGCAGCGGCCUACGAUGGAAAAGCUUUCGGCUCCCCAGUGAUUGACCUAAGCUCCCCAGUGGGAGCAACUUACAAUCUUCCUUCCCUCCCAGAUAUUGAUUGUUCAAGUACUAUUAUGCUGGACAACCUUGUGCGGAAAGAUACCAACGUCGACCACGGGCAGCCAAGACCACCCUCCAACAGGACCGUGCAGUCACCCAACUCCUCAGUGCCAUCCCCUGGCCUGGCAGGACCUGUCACUAUGACUGGCGUCCACCCCCCAAUACGCUCACCUAGUGCCUCCAGCGUUGGGAGCCGAGGAAGCUCUGGCUCUUCUAGCAAACCCACAGGAGCGGAUUCGACACACAAAUUCCCAGUAGUAAUGUUGGAACCAAUCCGAAUAAAACAAGAGAACAGUGGACCACCUGAGAACUAUGAUUUCCCUGUGGUUAUAGUGAAGCAAGAAUCAGAUGAAGACUCCAGGCCUCAAAAUACCAGUUAUCCCCGAAGCAUCCUCACCUCCCUUCUGCUGAGCAGCAGCCAAGGGUCUGCUUCAGAAGAGGCCACACCCAGAUCUGACGCUCCGGACAGCACAGGGGACCAACCUGGGCUCCACCAGGAAGAUUCCAGUGGGAAGUCCAAGUGGCUCGACGCUGGCCAGAAGUCUCCUCUGCACGCCGGAGACACGAGGAAAGAGGAGGACCCGAACGAGGACUGGUGUGCAGUGUGUCAGAACGGAGGCGAGCUCCUGUGCUGUGAGAAGUGUCCCAAGGUGUUCCACCUCUCCUGCCACGUGCCCACUCUGGCCAAUUUCCCCAGUGGAGAGUGGAUUUGCACUUUCUGCCGAGACUUAUCUAAACCAGAAGUUGAAUACGAUUGUGAUUCUCCCAGUCACAACCCAGAGAAGAGGAAAAGUGAUGGCUUCGGGAAGCUGACACCAAUAGACAAGCGGAAGUGUGAACGGCUACUUUUAUUUCUUUACUGCCAUGAAAUGAGCCUGGCUUUUCAAGACCCAGUUCCUCUCACUGUGCCUGAUUAUUACAAAAUAAUCAGAAAUCCAAUGGACUUGUCAACCAUCAAGAAAAGACUGCAAGAAGAUUAUUCCAUGUAUACAAAACCUGAAGAUUUUGUAGCUGACUUUAGAUUGAUCUUCCAAAACUGUGCUGAGUUCAAUGAGCCUGAUUCAGAAGUAGCCAAUGCUGGUAUAAAACUUGAAACCUAUUUUGAAGAACUUCUAAAGAACCUUUAUCCAGAGAAAAGAUUUCCUGUAGACGAGCCGCAGCCCCAGGCACUCUCCCCUCCCGUCACAUGCAGUGUAGACGAGCCGCAGCCCCAGGCACUCUCCCCUCCCGUCACAUGCAGUGUAGACGAGCCGCAGCCCCGGGUGCUCUCACCUCCCGUCACACGCACGCAGUGUAGACGAGCUGCAGCCCUGGGCGCUCUCACCUCCCGUCACGCCCGCGCAGUUGUAGACGAGCCGCAGCCCCGGGCACUCUCACCUCCCGUCACGCCCAUGCAGUGUAGACGAGCCGCAGCCCCAGGCACUCUCACCUUCCGUCAACGCGCGCGCAGUGUAGACGAGCCGCAGCCCUGGGUGCUCUCACCUCCCUUCACGUGCAGUGUAGACGAGCUGCAGCCCCAGGUGCUCUCUGGAAGCAACCUGCACAAAUGUGGGAACCGGGAGCAGGUUUCCAGCAAAACAGAUGGCCCUGCCCCUAAGACUUCCCUGCACCUUUGUGAAGGCCCUGACUCCGUCACAGGGCAGGUUUCUUUGCUUCCACCAAGAACCCAGCCCACUGGGUAA